CAUUAUGUGCGACGUCUAGCCCUAAGUCGCGGCAGUGACGCAUUUGAACCUGGAGGAUGGCGGAGCAAGAGGUGUUACGCGUGGUGCCCAGCGACUUGUUCCCUCUCGUGCUCGGUUUCCUGCGCGACAAUCAGUUUCCAGAGGCUGCAAGCAAGUUUGCUAAGGCUACGGGAACCGCCCAACAGGACCCCAACGCUACUUCCCUUUUGGACAUUUAUAGUUUCUGGCUCAAUAGGUCUUCUAAAACUCAGAAGCGGAAGUUGCAGGCUAACGGACCAGUGGCAAAGAAAGCUAAGAAAUCCCCUGCUUCUGGUGACAGCAGUCAUAAAGGAGAGACCAAACAGCUUCCAGUCAAGAAACUAGCCACCAAGCCACCUGGUACAUCCCCUCAGCCUGGGAAAUCAACCAUUCCUGCCAAAGCAGCAGAGAGUAGCAGUAGCAGUGAAGACUCCAGUGAGGAAGAAGACAACAAAAGCCAGAAGAAGUCUGCCCAGAAGGGAGCCAAGCCCCCAGCCAAGGCAGCCAAACCGUCCCCCAAGGCAGCUCAGCCCAAGAAAGCUGAAAGCUCCAGCUCUGACUCCGAUUCCGAUUCCGACUCCGACUCUGACUCUGACUCCAGCUCAGAGGACGAAGCUGAAAAGAAACAGAAACCAAAGACUCCAGUUAAGACCCCAGCCAAGGCCACAGCUAAGACUCCGGUUAAGACCCCAGGCACGACUGCCCAGGUCACCUCCAAAUUAGCCAAUGGCAAAGCUAGUGAAAGCAGCAGCAGCAGUAGCAGCAGCAGCAGCAGCAGCAGCAGCAGCGGCGGCAGCAGCGGUAGUAGUAGUAGUGACUCAGAGGAGGAGGUAGCAGCAGCAGCUCCACACAAAAAGGCUGUACUGAAGAAGCCAGCUCCAUCCAAGACACCUGUGAAAGCUGCCCAGAAGAGUUCCAGCAGUGAAGAUUCCUCCAGUGAGGAUGAAGAGGAAGAGAAACAGAAGACAAAACCGCUCAGAGCCAAGCAGGGUCCAUACACUUCCGUCCCCCCACCCCCUUGCACCCAGCUGAAGAAGGUAGGAGGGGACCAGCCUCCCAAGAAGAAGGUAGGAGGGGACCAGCCUCCCAAGAAGAAGGUGGCAGGGGACCAGCCUCCCAAGAAGAAGGUGGCAGGGGACCAGCCCCCCAAGAAGAAGGUGGCAGGCAACCCAUCCCCCAAGAAGAAGGAGGAAAGCAGUGACUCUUCUGAUAGCAGUGAGGACAGCAGUGAUGAGGAGGCAGCCACAGCUAAAGCCGGAGGGGCCAAAGCUGCCACACCUAAGCCUGCAUCAGCCAAGGCCACAACAGUCAAGACACCCACAAACAAGGCCACAGGAGAGGAGUCCAGUUCAGAUAGUGACUCAGAUUCCAGCUCAGAGGAGGAAGAGAAGAAGCCUUCUCAAAAGGCAGCCCCCAAACCUGUUGCUGUUAAGGCAGCUUCCAAGCCAGCUGUGACUACAAAGGCUGCUGAGAACUCUUCAGAGAGUUCAGACUCAGACAGCUCUGAGGAUGAAGCACCAGCCAACCCAGCCCCUGGCACCAAGCUGGCCACCAAUCAAAAGCCCCUGCCCAGGAAAGCAGAUAGCAGCUCUAGCGAAGAGGAAAGCAGUUCUAGUGAGGAAGAGAAGAAGCCAGGGAAAAAGACUGCAGCAGCUGUCCCCAAACCCAAGGUGGGGGCCAAGGAAACUCCAUCUCCAGGGCCCAAAGCAGCCACCCAGGACAACAGUUCAGACUCAGACAGCUCUAGCAGUGAAGAGGAGAAACCAGCAAGCAAAGUGAAUAAGUCCAAGGUGGGGACUGCAGCUGUUCCUAAACCUGCCUUGGCAAAAAAAUCUAAGGCUGAGAGUAGUUCAUCUUCUGAUAGCUCCAGUGAAGAGGAGGAAAAACCUAAACUUAAAAAGAGCCCUGGCCUGGUGGCCAAUGGGUCUUGCCCUCCAGCACCCCAGAACGGGAAGACUUGUGCACCCAAGGAGGAGGAAGAGGAGGAAGAGGCAGCAGCCAAGCCAGGCUCUGAGAAGAAGCGGAAAAAGGAUGCUAGCCUUGGCCAAGAGGCCAGUCCCCCUAAGGUGAAGAAACAAAAGCCUCAGACCCCAAACACGGUUCCCAAAACAAAAAAGGGAGAGAGAAGGGCAUCCUCCCCUUUCCGGAGAGUUAAGUCAGAAGAAGUUGAGGUCGACUCUCGAGUGGCUGACAACUCCUUUGAUGCCAAGCGGGGUGCAGCUGGAGAUUGGGGAGAGAAAGCCAACGAUGUCCUGAAGUUUACCAAAGGCAAGUCUUUUCGACAUGAGAAGACCAAGAAGAAGAGGGGCAGCUACCGGGGUGGUGCCAUCUCCACCCAAGUCAACUCUGUUAAGUUUGAAAGUGACUGAGUGGAGAGAUCUUAACUCUGCAACCUGAGGCCCAGUGCCCAGCACCCAGUUCUGUUUGUGGGAUUGGGUAGCUGGAGCUAGUGACUGCCCCCUCAGCCACAGUCUGCACUUGGCCAUGGACAGGUUUUCAGUGAGGAUCCUUUGGGGAGUGGGUUGGUGGUGGGACAGGAAAGUAAGCCCAGGGAAGCAUUCUUCUGGAAGUGUGUUGCUUGGUUGUUGUCCCCUCAAUCCUCUGAAAUCCAAAUACAGCUCAACCUCACUUGAGAAGUCCCUGAAAGGUUGUAUGUGAAGCAAAAAUUUGUAAUUUUAUAUUGAAUCAUAUUUUCCUAUUGACUAAUAUUAUAACUUUCCAGAGACACACUCCCACAGGUAACAUUUUGACCCCAUAAACUUUGGUAAAAGACACAUUUGAGAACCCUUAAUAUUUUGGACUGUAUCAGUUUGGGGGCCAACCUAUCUUAGGAGAAGCUCACCUCCAAGUUAACUGCAGAGAGGUGAGUUUUUCCACAGAAUUUUUGUUAAAACCCUCAACAUAGUCUGAGAGGGAAUAGUGACCUGCAUCUGCACCAUCAAAGUCCUCACAGUUUUGAAAACUUUGGAGUUUUGAAAUAAUAUUCAUCUCAAGUAAGAGGCUAACUAUCAGUUCACUCAUUCUGUGUGUUCAUAAUCUCCUUCAAGCUUCAUAGAGAGCCAGCAAAUAAGCAACUGACAAUAAUACUCCCAGGUUCACUUAUUUCAUUAAGCAUUCUGACCAGCCCCAUUUCACAAGAUCUUCCAUUUAGAGAGGGGAGAAAUCUCAAGAGGUCCUGUAGUCCAAACUUCUGUCCUUCCUUUCACAGAUGAAGGGAUGGAGGCUCACAGAGCCAAAGGUCACCUAAAUAAUAAAUGUUGAGCCAGUAAUUGGACCCAAGUCCUCUUACUCCAAAUCCCCUGUACUGUUCUACCUCCCAUUUCUUCAAACAUUCAGCCAAACUCAUUGGCCAGAAGAGCCCUGUGGAUGUACUCCUUUGAACAUAGUUUGGUUGGUGGUUUGAUCAUGGUGUGAUGAACUUCAAGGGCUUUUUUUUUCACCCUGGAAUAUCGUGUUAGACCAUUGUUGGAGAGAGUCAGCAUGUAGGCUGAUGAUAAUCUUGCUGUCACCCAAUGUCUCCUCAGUAUCACAUUGAUCAAAUGUUCAAUGUUGUCCACUGAUUUCUUGACAUCCCGAGACUGUUCACCCUAUUCUUAAGAGUUGUAUAACCUUCUAAAUAUAGCCAAACCUUCAAAAAAUCAGCUUAAUUUCAUCCAGAAAAGAAAUUAUAUAACUAUUUGGUAGGAAGGAGAAGACAUAAGACCAUUUGGAAUCAUUGUCCUAAGAAUGUAAAAUUUUUGCAGGGUUUUUUUUGAGGGGUGGAGAGAAAACAUUUUCAAUAGAAGAUUCCGUAAUUGUCCUCAAUAGAAUAUAGAUCUGUAGUGAAGUGACUAUGUACAUGCUAGUAGGGGGGUGGGAGGUAAGUUAUCCGUGAAGUUCAUUUUGUAGUUGGGUCAAUUGAUGUUGGUGGAAAUGGGGAGCAGUUCAUCAGAAUGUUAUUUUUGUUGCCCCCAGAGUUAUCUGUGAUAAUCCAGUCCUUGGUCUUUGCCUUUGAGUAGAUAACAGUUAUUUGUAAUUAGCACUCUAAUUAUGUAUAUACAGCCAGCAUUGUUUGAAAAACCAUUCUUAAUGAGCUAAUCCACCCUUUCUGUCUUCUUUCACUGUUUUCUAAGCGGGCCCUUUUUUCUGUAGCUAAUGUUGAACUUCCAUCCUGAUUGCAGUUAAUGUGUUAAUUGCAAAUGAUUCUUAUCUGCUCAAUAAAAUAAGAUUUCCUAA